AUGCACUUCUUAGGUCUUAAUGUUUUAGGAUUAUAUAGUGUAUUAGUACAAUUAUCUGAUGGUGAAAACAUAGUUCGUGAAGAAGCUGUAACACCUGAUUAUCUAGAAUCUAAUAAUACAAGAGAAACACGUGAUUCUGAUUUAGAAUUAAUCUUAUCUAAACCAGCACAAUAUCAUACUUACUCUGAAUUACCUAUCUUAAUUGAAAGGGUAUAA